AUGAGUUCAUUGGCUAAAGCCAUAGGGCCUAGAGCAGUGGUCUUGCCUUAUUCCAUUGGCAAUCUUCCCAAGCUAAUCAUUGGAGGAGCUGUCUUCAAUACGCAAUACCAUGAAGAUCCACUUAAACUUCCAGUAACUGCAAUGCUCAAGAAAGCAUUUCUGUUGGGAGCUAAUGCUAUAGAUACAUCACCAUAUUACGGACCUUCAGAAGAAAUUUUAGGUAAAGCAUUGAAACAAUUAGCUGCCGAAGAAGGUAUUACUCGAGAUCAAUACUAUAUCUGUACGAAAGCCGGAAGACUCCAAUUGGAUGAUUUCGAUUACAGCAGAGCUUGGGUUCGUCAAAGUGUUGAAAGAUCAAUGGAAAGAUUAGGCACAAAUUAUAUUGAUUUGGUUUACAUGCAUGAUAUUGAAUUUGUUGAAGAGCCUCAAAUCUUUGAAGCCUUGAAGGAAUUGAAAUUGUUAAAGAAUGAAGGUAAGAUCCGGAACUUUGGCAUUAGUGGAUAUCCUGUUGAUUUGCUUUUAAAGGUAAGUACUCAAUGUGUUACUGAGCCUGAGAUUGGUCAAUUAGACGCCAUAUUAUCUUAUUCCCAUGGAUGUCUUCAGAACACAAGUCUCUUUGCAAAGGCAGAUGAAUUCUUUACUGAUGCCAAAUUGACCAAGUUAUUGAAUGGGUCUAUUUUGAGUAUGAGUCUUUUACGGUCCGGUAAGACCCAUAACUUCCAUCCUGCUUCUAAUGACUUGAAGCAAGCUGUUUAUGAGGUUGCUCAAACAUUAAAAAGGGAAGAUGGUGUAGAAUUGGCUGAUUUGGCCACCAGGUUUGCCUUAAAGAGAUGGUUGUUUGAAGGGCCACAAGCUUCUGCUAAUAAAACCUCCAUUGUAUUGGGUGUAUCUGAUUUAGAGGAAUUGGAUGCUGCAUUAGACAGUUACUGGAGAGUUGCUAAUGGUGUUGAUGUCGAAAAGGAUGAACAAUUGUUUGCAAAGGUCCAGAAACUACUUGGCCCUCAUCUUAAUGAAACUUGGAAAAGUGGACUCUAUUAG